AUGGCACAACAGGAGUGGACACGUAUCUUCCAGAUCAAAACAAAUGAUCUCAAUCCAGGAGACUCUUGGCGUAUUGAGUUUGAUGAAAAUAUUGAGCCUAACAGACCAAACUUGGGCUGGGAGCAGUACAUCAGGAACACAUCUGCCAGGUUCAAAUGCACCAAAUGUGGAAGAAGUUGGGCUUCCAACCGGGUGAUGGUGGUCUUCCACAUGCGCCUGAUGGACGGACAGGGUGUUGUCAAGGCGAGACGCUUCCGUCAGAACUGCAAGAAGUGCAUCGCUGCUCCGAUGGAGGAGCCCGAGAUCGACUCUGACAACAUCAACAUCCUCCUGGAGAAACUGGUGGAGAAGAUACGAAUUAAGUGCUACCAUGAAGACCUGGGCACAAGCAGCAGGCCUUUCAGGAGCUUUGAUGUCAACAGUCCCCAUGAGCCUGCUCAUUGUGAGGCCUGUAUUCGAGGCAUCUGUACAAAUAAUUAA